GAGGUCAGAGGUCAUAGAGCAUGGGGACCCAAAGGGUGUUGGUGACUGGGUGCUCCUCUGGCAUUGGCCUGGCCGUGGCUGCACGACUCGCCAAGGAUAAGCUUCGACGGUUUAGAGUGGUUGCCACUAUGAGGGAUCUGACAAAACGGGGACCCUUGGAGGAAGCAGCAGGGGAAACCCUGAACAAAACACUGGAAAUUAAAGAGCUGGACGCCUGCUCUGAAGCCUCCAUCAAGGAUUGUGUCAGUAGUCUGCCGGACAGACGGGUGGAUGUUCUUGUGAACAAUGCUGGUGUUGGCAUGAUCGGUCCUCUGGAGUGCCAGAGCAUGGCUGCCAUAAAGGAGCUGUUUGAUACAAACUUCUUUGGCCUGGUGCGGCUGGUGAAGGAGGUGCUGCCCGACAUGAAGCAGCGGCAGAGUGGCCACAUCGUGGUGAUGAGCAGCGUUAUGGGAAUACAGGGACUUCUGUUCAAUGACGUAUACUCUGCCUCCAAAUUCGCCGUGGAAGGAUUUUGUGAGAGUCUGGCCAUACAAGCGAUGAAGUUCAACAUCAAGACGACCCUUGUGGAGCCCGGCCCUGUGGUGACAGAGUUCGAACGGAAAGUCUACGAACUUGCUGAGACGAUGGAUUUAUCGGGGACGGAUGAGGAGACGGCCAAGAUCUUCCGUGAACUCUACCUGCCGUACUCCAAAAAAGUCUUCAGCUCUUUGGGGCAGACGCCAGAGGAAGUGGCUGAGCAAACAGUCAAUGUUAUCAUGGCCAAAGACCCCCCUCUGCGCCACCAGACCAACCGGCUGUACAUGCCCAUGACGGCCCUGAAGCAUGCGGACCCCACCGGCCGCCUGCCUCUGGAGGCCUUCUACAAGAUGAUCUUUAAGCACGACAGCGUGUUCAAUGCUUCACUCGGGGUUCUGCGUUUGCUGCAGAGGAGGGCGGGAAAGAAAUGA